AUGACUUCCAACGCCGACCAGCAGAGGGGCGCCUUUGACAUGGAAAGUUUCUAUGAAAUGCUCGGUGAUGAUAAGAUCACCUAUGAGCUGCUCGGGGCGUUGUUCAAACGCAACAGGCUUGUUUUUGCUACAACCUAUGGUUCGGAAGACCAGCCACGAGUGUUCAAAAUCGAGAUGAUCGAGAAGCAUGCCAAUUCGUCCACAGGCAAAUGUUUCCGUAUCUGGGGCAAGUAUUUCGAUCACGACGGCAAGAAAUUCUCCUAUAAGACCAUCUCCCACGAGAUUGCCCAGUUCAGUGGCCCUCGCAAGAUCACGAGUCUGGGCUGCUACCCUCUCAAGCUCCACAAGGAGGAGGUGCAGCUUCGCAAAUAUCUCAUCAAGCGAGGCAAGAAAUUCGUCGAGUUGUCUUCUGUUACUGGUGGUCGUUUCGUCAGCCAUCAUGGCAUGGCCUAUCUCAAGCUGAAUGACUCGUCGGUCCUCAAGAUCAAUGUCAACGGCCGAAUCAUGGUCGAUCCUGCUGGCCACCGUCGCAUCAACCCCAACUAUCCUCGCGACUAUCAAGGCCCCGACCCGUUUGAUUGGAACGAAUACAAGAUUGAUAGUGACGAGGAAGACAGUGACGACUCGAGAGGCCUAGUGACGUCUUGGUGGUGUACGGACGAGCAGUACCUCAUUACGUCUCCUGUCGUUAUGGGCUUCGCUUUUUGCGGGAAGAAGUGGCUGGAGUUUACCGUGUCUGACAUUAAGGAUAUCACGUGGAAUGGAUCUGCCUACGAUGACCUGGUCAUGCAAGCCAGAAACAAGGAACUGGUCGAGGCUUUGAUCAGAUCUCAUAAUGACCACGCAGCCGAAAGGAUGGACGACAUUAUUGCGGGGAAGGGCAGAGGCCUCGUAUUCGUGCUGCAUGGCCCUCCGGGCACAGGGAAGACGCUCACGGCUGAAGCUAUCAGUGACGCGAUGAAGUGCCCGCUCUACAAGGUGUCAGCAGCAGAACUAGGGACGGACCCUCGCGGCCUAGAAGCUGAACUACAGAAGAUCAUGGACAUUUGUCAUGGUUGGGGGGCGAUUAUGCUUCUGGACGAGGUGGACGCGUUCCUAUCGGGGCAGAUUUUCCGUGAUGCUUUCCUUCGGACGCUCGAGUAUUUCGAGGGCAUCUUGUUCCUGACGACCAACCGCAUUGAGAAUCUCGACAGUGCUAUCCUGAGUCGUUGCUUUAUCCCCCUUCGCUACAACCAGCCGGACCGACGUGAGAGGACCGACGUGUUCAAGACGUUCAUCGAUCGCGUGCGACGAGUGACCAAGGUGGACGAGGACACCUUCACAGAGGAGGCACUUUGGCAACUGGGAUGGCACAGAAUCAACGGGCGCCAGAUCAGAAAUACGGUCAGCGCGGCGCAUGCUCUGGCAGCGGGCAAAGGCGAGCGGCUCAGUAUGGACCAUAUCAAUCAUGUUCUCGGUGUGCAGCAGAGUGAUAUCGAAUGGGUAUCGAAUCCGGAGGCGCUCUAA